GGAAUACGGGUGUGGGAAAAAAAUAAGACAGGGACAGAGAGAAUCGGUGGGAGUUCGCUGUGUAAUGGCGGCCUCGGUGUUGCUCUCUGCGGAAAGCACCGUGCCUGGAUUCGCUGUCGGUGGCAAUACCGGUGCGUCAGGGACCGCCGGGACCGGAUUAGCCGUGCCGGGACCUGCGAGUUGGAACCGUUCCCUGGACCGGGCGUUCGAAGAAGCUGCGGCCACCGGCUGCCUCAACCUGAGCGGCAGGAAGCUGAAGGAGUUCCCGAGGAGCGCCGCCAAUCACGACCUCACCGACACGACCCGGGCCGAUCUGUCGCGUAACAGACUGCCCGAGCUGCCCGUGGAGGUGUGUAUGUUCGUAUCGUUGGAGAAUCUGAACCUGUACCAGAACUGCCUGCGCUCGCUACCUGAGAGUCUGAUCAAUCUGCAGGCCCUCACCUACCUGAACAUCAGUCGUAACCAGGUGUCCAUGCUUCCUGCUCACCUGUGCAAUCUGCCGCUCAAAGUGCUCAUCGCAUGCAACAACAAGCUCGUGUCCCUGCCCGAAGAGCUCGGUCAGCUCCGACAGCUCACUGAACUGGACGUGAGCUGUAAUGAGAUUCAGACGUUACCUGCACAGGUCGGGCAGCUCGAAGCUCUGAGAGACCUGAACAUUCGCAGAAACCACCUGGUUCGCCUUCCUCCUGAACUGGCGGAGCUUCCUCUGGUGCGCUUGGACUUCUCUUGUAACAAGGUGACGUCCAUCCCAGUGUGUUACCGCAACCUCCGACACCUGCAGAGCAUCGUGCUGGACAACAACCCUCUCCAGAGCCCGCCCGCACAGAUCUGCAUCAAGGGGAAGAUCCACAUAUUUAAGUAUUUGAACAUUGAGGCGUGUAAAACAGCACCAGAUCUCUCUGAUUAUGACAGAAGACCCCUGGGCUUUGGGUCCUGUGUGGAGGAGCUUUAUCCUGGCCGGCCGUAUGGAGCUCUGGACUCGGGUUUUAACAGCGUGGACAGUGGAGACAAGCGCUGGUCAGGCAAUGAGCCCUCAGAUGAGCUGUCAGACCUGCCGUUAAGAGUAGCAGAGUUAACCAGAGAGCAGCGGCACCGACGGGAACGAGAGCGGGACGAGCACAAGCCGGGAUCGCUGCUGGCUAACGGCAUAUUGGAGGCAGAACUCGACCAGAUCGACUUUAUCGACAGCUGCACAGGGGAGGAGGAAGAGGAGGAUGGGCGGAACCGAGGACGGGAACCGGUCAGCCUCAGCUCUCAGUUCAUGGCAUACAUCGAGAGACGAAUCACCCGAGAGGGCUCACCAGUGAAAGCAGGUUCCUCCAGAGACGCAAGAAAUGAUGAUUCAAAACGCCACAACUCUUUACUCAACCGAAGUGCAUCAGAUACGGUCGGAACAUUGUCCUCUCCGUCUCACAGCCAGCGGCCGGGAUCAGGCGCCGGUCUGGAACGCAUGCGGCGGGAGGCUCAAGUCGCUGCUCAGAGGUACGAAGACGAGAGGCAGAGAACGAGAGGCGUACAGAGAGAACCCGUCAGGAGUUACGUCAAGCAGAAAUCCGCUCAGAGUCCGCCGAAGCUCAGUCCCACAGACAGCGAGAACCUGUACCCUUCCAGACGGUCCACUCACACAGACGACUCCGCCCUCUUCAUGAGUGAAUCAGAGUCUUUAUUGGCGUUUGAAAUAGACAUAAACACCAAAACUAUAAAGAAGAGGCCAAAUCCUCAGAAGCAGUCCCAGCAUGGGGAAGAUCGAGCCUCGCUAUCCUCGACCGCCCUCCAGUCCCCCUCUUACCCCGGCCCCUCUGCCCCGACCUCCUGCCGCGGAGCCGCUUCGCGUCCCGAGAGCUUCCUGUACCGCCUCAGUCACAGAGAAGAGAAGAAACGAGGAGACGUGCGAUCUGGGAGGCCGGAGCCGGAUGACGUGACUCCUACACCAUCACCAGCUCCAGGACUCACAGGAGAAGAAGCUGAACUGGUGGAACAGCUGAGAAAGAACAUUGAGUCUCGGCUGAAGGUUUCGUUGCCUAGCGACCUGGGGGCGGCUCUGACGGACGGGGUGGUCCUGUGCCAUCUGGCCAAUCACGUGCGGCCUCGCUCAGUACCCAGCAUCCACGUCCCCUCGCCUGCGGUGCCCAAACUGACGAUGGCUAAAUGUCGACGGAAUGUGGAGAACUUCUUGGAGGCGUGUCGUAAAAUCGGUGUCCCUCAGGGAAGCCUGUGUUCAGUUGCCGAGGUGUUAGAGGGCAAAGCACGGAGUUUAUACAGGCUGAUUGACGCUUUGCUCUCACUAGCGCCCCCUAUGCGUCCAUCACCUCCUUCCCAGCUGGCCGGUUUCGCGCUGUUCUACCUGUCCUUCAUGUCACUGUUGUGUGUGCUCUACUGCCACCUGGUGCCCUGUUUCUAAUCAGCACUUAUACACUCAGUGUUUUUUUCUCUGCACUUAAAACAGAAGGAAUGUUUAAUGUCUGCACUAAAAAAAUAGACAAUCGUCAUCGUUUUUCUUCUUACAAAGUCCUUAGAGGAUUACCUCUAAAAUCAGAGAUGAUCUUAAACAUAAUUAACUAAUUAAUAAAGCACAAAAGCGUAUUGGAUAAUGAAUUAAUAACGGACAGCACAAGGAAACAAUUUUGUCCGAGUCCUCCAUCAAGAACUGUUUUUAAAUGAGUUUUUAUUUAAUUACUUAAUUAAUUGAGAAUUUAUUUAAUUACUCAAUGAGAGUUAAUUACACGUGUAUAGAUAAUUUUUUUAAAAAAAAAGCAAACUUUGAAGGAAGUCACAGAGAUUCAUUUAAUCUCAGUGCAAAUGAACCAAACGAUUUUCACACUGAUUGGUGGAUUAAGUCUGCACAGGCCACACCCACAACUACAAGUGACUUGUCAUCAGAACGUGGGAUAUGGAGUUCACACUGAUGCUCCGUUUAAAUAAAGCACUUAUGAAUACUUCAUAAAGACCAUAUACAAUUUCAUAUUUGUGUAUGAUUUGUUAACGAUAGAUAAAAUACGAAGUUCUUGCUUGUGGUCUCGGACAUUUUGAUUCUGUCUAUAUGACUCGCAAAACGUCUCACUACUUUAAAGGAAGUAGCCAUACGUUUAUAAAGCCGAUAAGUGCCCCUGUUCACGUCCAGACCUUUUAGGAUCUCUCCUUCCAAAGACUGGAUUUGUUUGGACUCUUCACUGAGAAACGCUGCUGCUGUCAUUUCCCAGCUCUUUUAUUUAUCGGCUGCUUUUUAGUGGUGCGCGUUUCUGAGCAUACAGGAAUGAUCGUUUUUAAUCUGCAAUAACAAAAAGUAUUCCGGGUUUCAGGGUUAAGAAAUUGAGGCCUUUUUGCUCUGUUAAGAAAGGACUGUUCAGAUAGCGUAUCUGUAAAUUUGUAAGUGCAUUAGAUUAGCUAGAUUAUAGCUUUGGAAAUGAAUGUUAGGGUUUUCACGUGUAUGUGAGAUGGUCUGAGACCGUAUGAGUUGGUAUGAUGGUUUAAACCAGUGUUUUUCAAACAGCAGAUAUCUGCUCCUCAACAGCACUCUACUAGUAUAGUAUUUUUCAGAUGAUAUUAAGCUGCUAAUUCUAUUAUAAAGGUCUAGUCCAAAUAGGACAAGCAUGCUGCUCACCUGGUAUUGCACCUGCCUUUAUCAUGCUGGAGGUGAGCCUACAGGAUUACUCCAUGUUAGUAUUUUGGGCUGAGCUUUACUGACCAGUCAACACUGAACACUCUCUCCAGGUCUUCAUCUUGUUGGUGAUGAGUCUAAAAGAUGAUGAAGGUUGACAGACACCACCCCAAGCUUUAGCUCCACCCGCACAGGUUAUGAGCAGAUAGGAUGGGUUUGUGGAACCAUUUCAGGUCUGCUUUUCUCCAAGGGUGGGUCUCUGUAAGAUCUGGGCAUGGUACACGUACAACCUUUCGUGGGGAGUCAUUGCUCCUUGUCUGAUUUCCUCCAAUAAGAUCAUGGGUUAACCAUGGCUGGAUGGUCCUACUGGGAGAAUUAAUUUCCCAGUGAUUUAGACCAAAGGUUCACUGAAGUGCACCCCAAACAUUUGCAGUAUUACAGCCGCUGUACUGGUCUGAAGCAGGAGCUCAGUCAGUCUCCAUGUUUAGAAGGUCUUGAAUACAGGUUUUGAAACUGAGAGGAUGCUAAGCUUACUCUCUCUGAGUAGAGGAGUUUGAUGAACUUAAGAGUUGCAUUGCUGCUUCAUGCUUUGGUUUGGGCUUUUCACAAGGAUCCCCUGUUUGGAUAUCAGACAGUAGACCCAGAACCUGCUGGAGAUAUUAUGUGGGGGAUAGAGAAGACUGGUCUAAAUUUCUCAGCUACUUAACACCAUGUUAUGGUCUUUACUUUACAGAUUUCUCAGUAUUUCUAGUGCAGGAAGGAUUACAUGACUUAAAAGAUGGUUACAACCAAAAAAGUUUGGAAGCCACUGGUUUAAACGACUUCAGUCUGUCUGUGUGUGUGUGUGUGUGUGUGUGUGUGUGUGUGUGUGUGUGUGGUUCUACACACUGUUGCCUAAUGUUCUGAUAAUCCUUUAAGUUUAUGAUUCUUCCAAAACUUUUACAAUAAAAUCGAAUCCAUGUU